AUGUCUUCUUUACACAACGCCUCCUCGGCGCAUCCCCCAUCACGGACCUCCCAACACCUUUCCGCCCAUCGUGUCUCGUCAUCUCGACGGCGGCGCGCGCUCGCCCUUGCCAUCCUCCCUUUGCUCGUCGCACCAUCAUUUGCCGCUGCUGUCGGCGUCGCUGAUGCGAAGCCCGUGGCGGCCGUCGAUCCUGUCGGCACGGCGGCGGACGCCGUCGCUGCCGCCGAUGCCGUUGUCGGCAGCCUCUCCGCAUCGGGCGCCGCUGCUGUUCUCGAGGCGGCUGUGAGCCCUGGUGCUGCUGCGGCUGCGGGCGCCGGUGUCGCGGCUCCGGCCGCUGGUGGCGCCAAGAAGGCCGAUGCGGCUACCGCCCCGAAAGAGGUCCCGUUUGAUGGCAAGGACGGCCGGCCGCACGAAGGCCCCUUUGUUGAGAUUGACAACACGCGCAAGUCAGACAGCGAAAAGACCUCUGUGUACAUUGACGGCAAGAAGGUGCCCGAGAGCAACGACGGCGUCAUGGACGACAAGAACCGGGUGGCUCCCAAGCACGGCACGACGGGCAUGACGGGCGGUGUGUCCGAAAAGGACAAGCAGCGCAAGGCCAAGGAGGGCCAGACCGGCGAGCGUGUCGAGAACACGCCCGAAACGCCCAAGGAGGUGCCGGCGCUCCCGCACCACGAAGAGGAGAAGAUCCUCGGCCAGGGCCUCGGCAAGGACGGCAAGGACGGCAAGGACGAGAAGACCAAGGACGCAGCCGGCAACGACAAGUCCGGAUUCGGGAAACCCUCUGAUCUUCCCGACAAGACACACGACAAGGCCAUCCCCCUCCCCGGCUCCGCCCAGAAGGACCACCUCGACGUCAAGACCCCGGCCGACAAGUCCAAGCUCCCCGCGCGGCCCGCCGGCGACGACGACUCCACUCUGAUUCAUCCCACGGACUCUUUCCUCCUCUCCCUGACCAUGAUUCUCUUCUCCGAAGUCGGCGACAAGACCUUCCUCGUGGCCGCCCUGAUGGCCAUGAAGCACGACCGGGUCGUCGUCUUCACGGCCGCCUUCAGCGCCCUCGUCACCAUGACCAUCCUGUCGACGGUGCUCGGCCACGCCGUCCCCGCCCUCAUUCCCAAGCGCGUGACCAACUUCCUCGCCGCCGGCCUCUUCCUGGCCUUUGGCGGCAAGCUGCUGCGCGAGGGACUGGCGAUGGGCGCCCAUGAGGGCGUCGGUGCCGAGAUGCAGGAGGUCGAGAUGGAGCUGGCCGAAAAGGAGCACUUGGCCCGCGAGAACGGCCGUCGCAGCAGCCGCGCGGGCACCGGUGGUGUGCUCUCGCCCGACAUGCUGGAGAUGGGCCUCGGUGGGGCCGGCGCAUCCAACGGACGCCUGCCCCGCUCGCAGUCGCGCUUCUCGACCCCGAACCACAGCGCCUCGUCCUCGCUGUCGCCGCCCCGCGGCCGCGGCAGCUGGGGCGGCUCGGCCAACAGCGGCUUCGCCUCGUCGAUGAAGACGCUGGGCAGCGGGCUGUCGAACCUGGCCACGCUGCUGCUGAGCCCCGCCUGGGUGCAGACGUUUGUCAUGACCUUUUUGGGCGAGUGGGGCGACCGCAGCCAGAUCGCCACGAUUGCCAUGGCGGCCGGCCAGGACUACUGGUGGGUGACGCUGGGCGCCGUCGUCGGCCACGCCUGCUGCACGAGCGUUGCUGUGCUUGGCGGCCGUGCGCUGGCCGGCCGUGUCAGCAUGAAGGUGGUCACGGUGGGCGGUGCCGUCUCCUUCCUCAUCUUUGGCGUCAUCUACCUCUUUGAGGCCUUCUACAGCGCAUAG